ACUAGGAUUGAUCUGCCUCAAAUCCCUAACCCUAAAUAAAGGAGCCUGAUUUCUAUUUGCAGGCCCCAAAAUUAGGGGAGGAAAACCAAUCAAGAAUUGUGUCUGCUCAUGGAAGAUUUAGCUCCCCGUGUUGCUAUAAAUCUAAAGAUCUUUACAGAUCAAAGGAGAGACGGUCAACAUCAACUCAGCUCUCCAAGAAACAAGAGGAUUCCCAUGUCUGCGGGGAGGUGAAAGUUCAGAGAGCACUUUUUCUUAUCUUAAAGAUCAGCAUCACCACACAACUAUCAGACAAGAGUUGGAAACCAGGAAGAAAUCAGUACCCAUUUCUUCAAGCCCUAACCCUAACGUGCUGAGCUAGAUUCUUCCUAGAAACAUUAAUAAUCGAGAAACCAAAUCCGUUCAGUUUCCGUCACUGUCCAGAGAAAUGUCCCAGCUGAAGCAAAUGUCUCAUCUCGACCACAUUCCUUCAACUCCCGGCAAGUUCAAGAUGGACAAAUCCCCCUACUUAAACCGAUUGAGGUGGCAUUCUUCUCUCGCUAAACUCACAUUCUGGUCGGUUAUCUUCUUGGGUCUGAUCUUGAUCUUCUUCUUUCGAUCUCCUUCCUCUAAUCCCCUCCCUUCCGAUCCCUCUCGCCGCUCUCUCCGCAACUAUUACUGGGGAGGAUCCUCCUGGGAAAAAAGGAUCAGGUCCUCCGCCCGCAUCCGCUCCCGUAAUGGUAUAUCUGUCCUCGUCACCGGAGCCGCCGGGUUCGUGGGUACUCAUGUUUCAUCCGCCCUUAAACGCCGAGGAGACGGUGUUCUUGGGAUCGAUAACUUUAAUGAUUACUACGACCAGUCACUGAAGCGAGCUCGCCAAGCGCUUUUGGAGCGCACUGGAGUCUUCAUCGUUGAAGGAGAUAUCAAUGACGCCGCCUUGUUGAGGAAGCUUUUUGAGGUUGUGCAAUUUACCCAUGUGAUGCAUUUGGCUGCUCAAGCUGGCGUGAGGUACGCCAUGGAAAAUCCUCUUUCUUAUGUUCAUAGUAACAUUGCUGGUCUUGUCAAUUUGCUUGAGGUUUGCAAAGAUGUCAACCCACAACCUGCAAUCGUCUGGGCAUCUUCAAGCUCGGUUUACGGGCUUAAUACCAAGGUACCUUUCUCUGAAAAGGACAGAACUGAUCAGCCUGCUAGUUUAUAUGCUGCUACUAAAAAGGCCGGUGAGGAAAUUGCACAUACUUAUAAUCAUAUCUACGGGCUUUCCCUUACUGGGUUGAGGUUCUUCACUGUUUAUGGUCCUUGGGGGAGGCCAGACAUGGCGUAUUUCUUCUUCACAAGGGAUAUUCUUGAUGGGAAAGCAAUACCAAUAUUUGAGGCAGCUAACCAUGGGACUGUGGCUAGGGACUUUACAUACAUUGAUGAUAUUGUGAAGGGGUGUCUGGCUUCAUUAGAUACUGCAGAGAAGAGUACUGGGAGUGGGGGGAAGAAGAAAGGGCCAGCUCAAUUAAGGGUGUUCAAUUUAGGUAAUACUUCCCCUGUGCCGGUUAAUGAGCUUGUGUCAAUCUUGGAAAGGCUACUGAAAGUUAAGGCAAAGAGGAAUAUUAUGAAGUUGCCUAGAAAUGGAGAUGUUCAGUUUACUCAUGCUAAUAUUAGCUAUGCUCAGAGGGAGCUUGGGUAUAAACCCACCACGGAUUUGCAGACCGGACUGAAGAAAUUUGUCCGCUGGUACCUAAGUUUCUAUUCCAAUGGCAAUAAGGCUUCCGGGUGAUAUACAUUCUUUCAAUUGUUGUGGUAGGAAUCCUAAUGUUCACUGUGAUUCAUGUGAAUGGUUAUUUUUUCCUUAAGCAUUUCUGUUUGGAUGGCCCAAUUAUUGUUUCUUUUUCUCAUAUCUUUUUGAUGAUACAAUAUAAUUGAGGAAGAUGGUGUCCAUUGAUGGACAUUGUUUCUCUGGGUUGCUUGCUUCCAAGAUGUAAUCUUUGGAGUAUAAUUGUUGUACUCUCGGCAUUGUAGAAUACAUGACUGGUAGAGCAUAUAUGCUAAUGGAUGGACGUGUAUUACUUGUGUGCAAUUUCAAUAAAAAAGCACACGGUAAUUUGGCUUUGUUUUUCAUUUUUGCUUUGGAUGGAUUGCAGUAGAUGUUACUUGUGAA